AUGAAAUGGUGGUCAGUGAUUCUAGCACUGACGACCUCUCAGGUUCCGGCUGGAGGACAACUUCUAGAGAAGUCCAAAGCCGUUUGGGUAGAACAAGGUCUGGUCCGAGGCAAGAUCUACAACAUGGACGGAAAGCACAUUCAAAUCUUCCGUGGAAUUCCCUAUGCCGAGCCACCGAUCGGAGAUCUACGCUUUAAAGUAGGCUAUUCUGUUACAAGGUGUUGGAGUACGUCAACUUUAAACUUUCGCCGUCAAGGUGUUCGUUUGUUGAGAGAGAAUUGAAGUCCUAGUCAAAACAUUUUUUGUAAAAAACUCCUACUUUUUUGAUUUAUCAAUAUUGAGGUCAAUUUAGCUUGAUCUGUUCUUAAUCCAGUUUUUUUUAGCUGAAUGUUUUUAUUUUUGGUCACUUCUCGAUAGAUGAGAGUUACAUAAUUCUCAAACGUUUGUAGUGAACCAAAAAAAAUGGAAAAAUUCCCAGAUGAAGUCGCAACCAACUUUUAAGCGGCCAGGUUUUUUUUCUAGGUAUUUUGGAAAAUAAUUUUUGCCAGCCUUUGGGAGUUUAUGAAUAUUCUAAAUUUUUUUGCAGAAACAAGUUCAUUGAAUUAUCAUUUUUUUCAUCAAAUUUUAAAGAACUGAAUUAAGAUUAUUUAUGAGUAUUCACAAUUAAAAAGCAAAAAAAUGUUUCACGUUUUUUUCUUUUUUUCGAUUGCUUUUUACUGCGAAUUAUUUCGUUUAUGUUCAAGACCGUUCCAAUUAGAUAAAAUCAUUACGCAAUUAAUGAGAAAGGAGUUAUGAAAAACGAAAAUUUCUAGAAACCUGUUAAAAAAGGCCGAUGGCAUCACGAACUCUCGGCAGUGGAGUACGGGCCACCUUGUAUGCAGUUCAUGGAUUUUCACAGAAACGACAAGUUUGCAAAGUCGAACAUGAAGAAGGAAACCGAAGAUUGUUUAUAUCUCAACGUUUUCAGUCCUUAUGUAAGAGUAAAUUCUAUGGUUCCUCUGUACUUAUCCGAUCUCAGGACAACGACGACGAAUCCAAAGUGUUUCCGAUUUUGGUUUGGAUUCACGGGGGAUCAUUUCUUGCUGGUUCUGCUGACACAGGAAUCGAUAUGGAAGUGAUUCCCAGACUUUCGAAAAUUCAAGCUGACAUGAAUCUUUUUUCAUAGGUGGUCGCUCGAAAUAUUGUUCAAAAAGGCGUCGCUUUUGUGAGCAUCAACUACAGGCUAGGACCCCUGGGUAAGUUUUGCAUACGUUGCGAUGUCAGUUUUUAUGGAUGAGAUUAGAAUUUCCUUUUGUUUAUCCCAUUUAUUAAUUUAAUUUUUUUGUAGUUUUUUUGAAAAAUUUUUUUCGUAUCAUUAGACACACUCAAAGUGUUUGAAAAGUUUUUUCCCAACUCCUUGAAAGCCGAUCUUCAUUGUUUUUUUUCGGCUUUCACCUUCCAAUAAAGAAAAUAACAUUUCAACUGGAAGUUUAACAUUCCGCUUACACCUCAUCCAGGUGGUGAAGAAAAAUCAUUUUUCUCGUUUCUCUGAACUCUUCCAUUUUCAUUCACUGUUUUUUGAAGUUUGAAAAUCGGAUCUAUCAAAGUGCUUCGAAAUUAUUCCACAACACGUUGGAACUGUGAGACUAUUUUUUCAGGAUUCAUCAAUUAUAACGAAGGUGACAAACUGGAAGGAAACUUUGGAGUCUGGGAUAUGGUGAUGGCUCUUCAAUGGAUUCAAAGCAACAUAAAACAAGUGAGCUCCAUCGCACUUAUUUAUCAUUCUGGAACCACUGGGUCUUGUGCAGUUUAACGGCGAUCCAACACGUGUGACGGUGAUGGGCGAGAGCGCAGGUGGCGCGGCGGCGAGUUUGCUGGCGCUGUCUCCCAGAACACAAGGUUCGCCAUGUGAUUGGUUCUAUUGUUCCCACCAGGUCGGCUUUUUGACGUCAGGUCGAGACAAGACAAUUUCUGGCAGUUAUGAUGGGAACAGAAGGAUUUUGUGUUUCUAAGAGCACGGAAAACUUUGGAUAUGUUGGGGGCAGAGGUUCAAAGACAAAAAAAACCACCUUCAACUCAUUGUUUCUUAAUAAGUUGUUUUGAGCUCUACGCAAUCUCCUUAUUUAACAAUAAAAAGUUUAAGCAGUGAACACGGUAAAAAAAAAAGGAUUUUAAAAAACAACUAGGACCUUGGUAACGCGAUCCGGACUCGAAUCGGACGUGUGGCGUAAUUGUAGUGACCUCUUUAAUAGCGUCAGCAUUCUUAAGUUAUCCUUAGAAUUGCUUAAAAAACGAUCUGAACACGUCCGGUGAUACGUAUUUUUUUGUAAAAUUUAAAAAUUUGAUUUUUGGAUCUCAAAAAAUUAAUAAAACAACAGUUCAAAGCUGGAAAAUAACACAUCAAGGCCUUUUCCAAAAAUCUGAAACAAUUUCCAAAAAAAAAAAAACGUUCCAGGCCUCGUGCAUCAAGCGAUUGUGAUGAGCGGAUCAUCCAUGGCUGGAUGGGCCAUUCACCGCCACAGUACUCCGUCUUGGUCUGUGGAUAACUUAUCUGCCUAUCUUAGGUUUUUUGGUCUUUUUUCCGUAAAAGAACUUUUUAUUACAGAUGUGAAAAGUGGAUAAACGCCGAAGACGCCAAAGAAGUAAUAGGAGAAAAAGCCGCGGAGAGUAUUCGAGAACGUCUCUGCAAAGACCAAAGCGGAAGGAUUUCUUGUCUUACGGUGACUUCUCUCGAGCAUUAGAUAUAUUUGAAAUAUUCUAGGCGGACUUGAAUCAACAACAAAAAAUGGACUGUCUCAGAAAAGAUCUCAAUUUUUCGUCUCCUAUUUUCCGGAAAGUACUGUCUAUCGAGGUACCGAAUGUCUUCACAAAUAGUCCAAAACAUUUUCGAAGCUCGGUGUCUCAAAAAUGGUUGUGGAUGGUGAUCUGGUGCCAUCUUCGGGAAUCGAUCUUGUUCUGACCAACGCUCGCAUUCCUAUAAUGACUGGGGUCGCUCGAAAAGAGUGGGCUCACAAAAAAGGUUUCUCUGCCAAAUUGCUUAAGUAAUAACACUUUUCCAGCUCUGUUUUAUAACAUGCAUCGUAAAGGUAAUCUGACUCGGGUAGAAGCAGAAGAAGCUGUCUAUCGGAUAAUUGACGGAUCUUUCCACGAAGGAUCCUCUGAAAAACUGAGUGAAUCAACACUGAUGCUCAUCGCCAAUGCAACAUUUGUGAGGUUAGAUUGAUUCAGAUUUUCGAGAUUUUUUGUCAGAAAAAACCAGCAGUACUUUCUUAUCAAGAUUUACAGAUAUCUUGAACACCCAUCAAAAAGUUACUCAACAGUCCGCGUUGUAUCUGAUCUGCAAAAGGCACUUUCUCAACAAAAUUUUGCUCCAAAGAUUUGUUUAGGUUGAAUCCGAUAUCGAAUUUGUGGCUCCUUGUCAGAAAGAAGUCUCGGCUUAUGCUGAAAAGUCAGUCCCUGUUUAUUUAUAUUCAUUUGACUACGUUCCAGAAAAUCCAAUCUACGAAGAGGUUAGAGUUCCAAUUAAAAGUAAACACUUUAAAAAGUUCAGGAAAGUAAACAAUACGAACUUUUUGGAGAGAAGCCUAUUGUCAUAACCAGAACCGAGAAAAACUGAAAGCGGUAUUUUGAAUAAUUUGAUCAAUGUUUCAAAAAUUUUUCUAGAUCUCAAACAAGCCUUUCACGGGCUCGAUCAUGCAUUUAUUUUUUUCCAAAGGUUACAGGUAUUUUUUUAUUGUUGGAUCCUGGGAUAUCUAUUAAAUUUUCAGUAGCAACUUUGAAAUUAAACCAUUUUCCAAAAAAGAUGAAAUGAUGGCCCAAGUAUUGACCACAAUGCUGACGAACUUUGUCAAAAAUGGUAACCCGUCAACACAAAGGUUAGUUUACCUUUUCAAUCAUCCUUAAUUUUUGCUUUAUUUCAGGCUAGUUUGGCCAGCCUACACUCAGAAUGACACUGCGCAUGUUUCCAUCAAUCUUCCUUCAAGGUAAGUGGAUAUGUACAAACUCUUUCCAUUGUUUUUAUCAGCGUGGUUACCGGUGAUUUACACUGGCCAGAUACUCAGUUUUGGAAUACCGAGGCUGAGUUGAUAAGCAAAUACAUUGCGAAAGAUGUUGAAAACGCAAUUGAUCCUGACGCCGAUUUGACAAAUGAAGAAAGAGUUCAGGUUGGUUUAUUUUCAUACACUCUAUUUAUCUAAUUAUUCUUGAUGGGCUAUAGAAGUUGUAAAUCAAAUUUAUCAAUGUUUAUUUUUUUAGAUGUAAGAAAAACAAGCGACGUAAAGUAUUAGAGCAGAAAUAAAUUUCAAGUUUUCUGCGCAACGGAAAAUUUUUUUUGAAUUUGGAUUUUCCGUUUUUUGAGAUGUCGUGAACAGCUUAGUUGCUAGAAGUUUGUCAAUGACGUUGAAUUAUUUGAAACUAAUCAUAGAUCUAUCUUGACGUUUUCAAUUUUUUUUUUGAUUUUAAUUUUUCAGCUCUCAGCGUACCGAAGAUCAUGGUACGCCCUAUGGGUCCUGGUCAUUAUCAUUUCAAUUCUUCUUUGGUCUGCCGUUGCUUAUUUUGCUUUCCGCAAAUCAAAAAACCCUCGCAGCAAGCCUUAUGACAACAUCUUACUGUCAAACUGA